AUGGCUAUCAUUUAUCCAAAAGAUGGAUUCAAGCGAAAUCACGAUAUUUUUUCACAAACUUACUUACUUAGAUCAUACGGCUUACCGGAAUGCAUAAAAGCGGUUCUCUUUGCUAGUGCGGCAAAUAUCACUUCAUUGGAUUGGUUGUCUGCUAAAAAUACUUUUCGAAUACAGUACGGCGAUUUCCACAUCCCAUCACUUCUCGAUCAUGUAUCUGUCAUAUUAUGUGGUAUUGCUUGUGCUGCCGUUGUUUCAAACGAUCAGUCAAUACAAGAAGGAAUAGUAAAUGAGGGCAAAAUAAAGACUGUGACCAAUAACAGUGAAGCAAAUGAAAAACGGCUUCAAUGUGAGCGUUCUGAAGAGACACCAACUGACGCAUGGAAACGAACGACCAUUCAAAUGUCACUUGCGCAGUGCAGCAUUCAAAGACUCCUGCAGUCUGAAAAGACACCAAUUGAAGCACGGAAACAUACAGUUAUUCAAAUGUCACGUGUGCAAUGA